UACAUACUUCUUUCUUCACUCUCCCUCUUUAAGAUUCCACAUCUCUCACCAUAUAACCUAUCUCCAUCUAUUCAUCCCCAAAAUGGACCAAAAUCAUGAACUCAAACUCACCCAGAUGAAGAAUUAUGUUCAAAAGCUCGGUUCUUCCACAGAGAAGUAUGGAGACCCGAGUUUAGAGAGAUUCUUGAUCGCGAGAUCGAUGGAUCCAAAUAAGGCUGCAAAGAUGUUUGUUUCAUGGCAGAAAUGGAGAGCUUCGUUUGUCCCGUUGGGGUUUAUUCCUGAUUCGGAAGUUACUGAUCAGUUGGAGAGUAAGAAGAUUUAUUUGCAGGGUUUGUCUAAGGAUGGAUACCCUGUUAUGGUGGUUAAAGCUUGCAAGCAUUAUCCUGCUAAAGAUCAGCCACAAUUCAAGAAAUUUGUGGUUCAUCUCCUUGAUAAAGUAAUUGCAAGAGGCUUUAAAGGGAAAGAAAUAGGAAACGAGAAGGCAAUUGCUGUUCUUGAUUUGGAUCAACUUGGUUACAAAAAUGUUGAUGCUCGUGGAUUCAUCACUGGAUUUCAGUUUUUACAGGCAUAUUACCCCGAGAGGUUAAAAAAGUGUUACAUUUUAAAUAUGCCAUGGUUUUUUGUGAGUAUUUGGAAGAUGAUUUCUCGUUUCCUAGAUAAAGCAACUUUAGAGAAGAUUGUUAUAAUUAGCAACGAGGACGAGAAGAAGCAGUUCACUACAGAAGUUGGUGAAGAUGUCUUGCCCGAAGAGUUUGGUGGGCAGGCAAAGCUUGUGGCGCUUCAAGACGCUGUAUUGCCACCUCUAGAGGAUUGACCCAAACUAUAAAUGUCCCUAAACCAUAGCUUAAUCUUAAUAAUCUCAAACUACAUCUUGUAACCACUUUUAAUAAUAAUGUGAGUUUUUAAUCACUUCCAGUAUCUUACUUGAGAA